AUAAUGCGUAGCUUUAGCUAAGCAACAGUUAAUACGAGAAGUAGCGCGUGUGUUAACGCAGGAGUGUUUUUUGUUUGUGGAGUUCGUUUUUACAUUUGGAGAGGAAAUGAAAGAUUUCCGACGCCCUAGAACGGGAGAGGAAUUUUAUGAGUCUUUCGAGGGAGCUCCUUUGUUUACAGCCGUACUCACGUAUCUAAGCUUUCUAAUAUUAAACAUCUUGGGGAGGCUUCAAGAUUUCCUGAGGUUUAUUCAUGUAUUAGAAAAUCAUUCAGUAGCAGAAGUACCGCACACUAAAUCGUUCGUCCCUCUUUACUCGUCUUAUGAGGCUUUUUAUACCCGCAAUCUAUACCGAAGGGCACAAGACUGUUGGUCUAGACCUAUUUGUUCUGCUCCAGGUAGUGAAAUCGUAGUAAUGGAUCGUAAAUCACCGGACUAUGGAUGGACAUUGAAUUUUACAGGAACAAAAUCGAAGGUUUUGAACUUAGGAUCAUACAAUUAUUUGGGAUUCGGGGAUCCCACUGGACCUUGUACUAAUGCUACAGAAAAAGCCACAAUAAAAUUCGGUGUAGGUGUAGCAAGUUCUAGACAAGAGGCCGGAAGCUUAAUAUUACACAAAGAACUCGAAGAUUUGGUUGCUGAAUUUGUUGGACAAGAAGCAGCUAUUGCUUUCAGUAUGGGCUUCUCAACCAAUUCACUAAAUCUGCCAUGUCUAGUUGAUAAAGAUUGCUGUGUAGUCAGUGAUGAAUUAAAUCAUACAAGUCUAGUCUUGGGAUGUCGAUUGUCGGGAGCAACUAUACGUCGUUUUAAACAUAAUGAUAUGGAAGAUUUGGAAAAAAUUCUGCAAGAUUCUGUUGUUUAUGGUCGUCCGCGUACCCACAGACCAUAUAAAAAGAUCUUGAUUGUAGUUGAAGGUAUAUACAGCUCAUAUACAUUUUUGAUUAUGUAUGUGUAUUUACACAGUAUGGAAGGAAGUAUUCUUCAUCUUCCCGAAGUAAUCGCCUUAAAGAAGAAAUAUAAUGCUUAUCUUUAUUUGGAUGAGGCACAUAGUAUUGGUGCAUUAGGUCAAAUGGGUCGUGGUGUGGCUGAUUACUUUGGUGUUGAUCCACGUGAUAUUGAUAUUUCAAUGGGUACAUUUACGAAGAGUUUCGGUUCAUCUGGUGGAUACAUAGCUGGAAAUCGCAAGUUAAUUGACUAUCUUCGCUCGAUGUCAUAUAAUACUGUAUAUGGUUGUAGUAUGCCAGCACCGCUAGCUCAACAAAUUAUAUCAUCCAUAAGAAUUAUCAUGGGAAAAGAUGUACCUGGUGAAGGUGAACGAAGAAUUAAAUGUUUAGCUGAGAAUAUACGUUAUUUUCGUGCAAGAUUACAUGAAAUGCGCUUAAUUGUUUAUGGGAAUCGUGAUAGCCCUGUUGUACCAGUUAUCGUUUAUAUGCCAGCUAAACUAGUUGCCUUUUCGCGUAGAUGUUUAGAAUUAGGAUUAGGAACUGUAGUCGUUGGUUUUCCAGCUACAACUCUGCUUUUAUCCAGGGUACGAUUUUGCAUUUCAUCAGCACAUACACGAGAGUUAUUAGACAGGGCAUUAGACAUAAUCGAGCAAGUUUCUGAAGAAAUAGGAAUUUGUUAUAGUAAGCAACCGAUUCCAGAAUGGGCUAAAGAAAUUUUAUACAAAGAUAAAAGUCAUCGUUAUACGAAUGGUUUCUUAAAAAAUAUUGAACCAUCAGUUAACAAACUACUUAAGAAAUCAGUUCAUACGGAUACUGUAAGUAAUUCAAUCAGUCUGAGAAAACGCUGUUUAAAAAGAGAUACCAACGAAAAAUGUGGGAUUAACACACACUUUUAGCUAUGAUGAAACCUGUAUGAAAUAAAUCUCGAUUUGUUCUUUCAAAAUGUUAAUAUCCUAGUGUUAUGUUACAAAAUCAUUUAUGAAAACUAAUUUUAGUCGAAAGGAUAAAACUAUAUAAUACAGUAUCAUAUCAUAUCAAUUAUAUUGAUAGUCAUUUUUACUAUUGAGAACUAUGACAAUGAAUUGAAUAACUUUUUAAAAUCUAUUUUCUGUGCUUAAUUUAUGUUUUCAAAACAGGAGGUUCAAUGCUACGUUGUUUGAUAUACAUCAUACAUAAAUAAAAGGAUCCAAUGAUUUUUCUUUCAUUUUGACAAUUACAUUAGUGUUUGAUCAGGAAAAAAAACCCAGGAAUAAUAACAAAUGUAUAAAAUAUCUUUCCUUUUUCUAUCAUAUUUGUCUUUUUUUUCUCGACUCAGUUUUACUAUCCUUUUUUCUUAAGAGUAACAUUUUUAUUGUGACAAUUACUGCUUUUUUUUAAAAAAGAAAAGAAAGAAAAAAGAAAACGUUUGUUCAGUGGUUAUACCUCUCUCUCUCUUUAUAUAUAUAUAUAUAUAUCAUGAAUUGAUCAGAUCUACUCAAGUGUGUACUUACUUUUUGUAAAUGAGUAUCUGUCUAACUUUUAUGAUGAUUACCUCUCAAGAGAAUGUAAUAUAAACUGUUAUUAUUCAAUCAUUACUCUACAAGAACUUUUAUUCAUUGUUUUUUUUUCUUACUUUUUAUGUACGGAAAUAAUAUAGAAUCUCUUUUUUGCUAAAAUUGUAGCAGUUUUCAAUAUAUAUUUUACAUAUUUUAGUUUGGCGUUACUAUCAUCUUCAUAAUCUCAGUAUUCUUAAUUAGGUUCUUUUAAGUAGUGUAUACUGAGACUUGUUAAUAUUACUACUUUUUUUAAAACCACUUUUAAAAAAUCUAUCUGGCUGUGAUUUGUUAUUAUUAUUAUUAUUAUUAUUAUUAUAUACCAUGUAGUCCU